AUGGCCCAGAACAAGCUGAGAAACGACGAAGCGAUGAGCUCGACAGAAUCGAACAGCUCUGGCGGCAGCGAUGCCGACUGGAAUGACGCCGAGUCGGAUCACGAAGAGCCACUCGCCAUUGUGUCUCUGCUGGACGAUACCGUUUUCGCCGACGUCACCAGCAUGCUGGAGCACUGCAAGAAGCAAUACGACUUCGACUUCGUUGGAGUCCAGAGACGCCUAUCACUUGACUUCCAUGGAAGCGUGAGGCUUGUCAACUUCAUCCGUCAGAGGGUACUCGACGGUGUUUCUCUGCCUGUACCCAUCCGUUUGGAGGAUAUUGAUCAUGACCAGUAUCUGAAGCCCGUAGUGGAAGAUGAUGCCCUCAUCAUGUCUCUAGACGAGCUGCAUGUUGAUGACCAUGUUGAGCCGUCGAGUAAGGAGGGCUCCGUCUUAACAGGUGAAGUGCCAUCUACACAGUCGCUCCUCGCCAGCAAGAGCGAGCUAGAGCGGGAACUGGCGGCCGUCAAAGCGCAAUUUGCAAACUACCGCACUGCCGUGGAGCAGACACUGGACCGCCGCUGGGGCGACGACACCGAUCCUGGUCCCGCAGCACCGCCCCGGGACCAGUCGCAGUACUACUGGGAGUCGUACGCUGAUAAUGAUAUCCACGAGACUAUGCUCAAGGACGUUGUUCGUACGGAUGCCUACCGUGACUUCGUUUACGAGAACAAAGCACUUUUCAAGGGCAAGGUCGUUCUUGACAUUGGCUGCGGCACUGGCAUUCUGAGCAUGUUUUGUGCCAAGGCUGGUGCUAAAAUGGUGUACGCUGUCGACAAGUCUGAUAUCAUUGACAAAGCACGCGAAAAUGUUUUCCACAAUGGCUUGUCCGACACUAUCACCCUGCUCAAGGGCAGGAUCGAGGACAUCAGCCUUCCUGUCGACAGUGUAGACAUCAUCAUCAGCGAGUGGAUGGGAUACUGUCUUCUCUACGAAGCCAUGUUACCUAGCGUCCUUUAUGCUAGGGACAAAUAUCUGAGGCCCGAUGGCAUAUUGGUCCCUAGCGUGUCUACCAUAUGGGUGGCGCCAGUAUCAGACCCAGAAUUCGUCGCGGACCAUGUUUCCUUUUGGGACGACGUCUACGGCUUCGACAUGAAGGCCCUCAAGGCCGGAAUCUACGACGAAGCCCGCAUCGACAUCUGGCCUUCAUCGACAAUUUGCGGCGCGCCGGCUCAAAUUUCGUACCUUGACCUUCACACAGUCAAAGCCGAAGAGCUGAACUUUACUGCGCAGUGGACCUCGACUCUAUCUCGCGACAUUGCUGCACUCGACGGAUUUCUCAUCUGGUUUGACUGCUUCUUUACUAAAACCCGGGCGGAGACCAUUCCGCCCGGAGUUGAGGCCAAACCCAGGACGGGCAAGGACCAGUCGCCCGUUGUCUUCACCACCGGACCAUACGGACCCGACACUCACUGGAAACAGGGGUUUCUGCUAGCGGAUCAGAGUAAAGGAUCCGUUGCUGUGAAAUGUGACACGAAGGUAUCAGGCGAGGUCACCUUCAAGGCGCCCGAGGACAACCCUAGAGCGCUGAGAAUUUCCACCACAUGGACGACUGGUGACACAGAACAGAUGUCGCAGACAUGGAAGUUGCGGUGA